AUGUCGCAAAUCAAGAAUAUCGCGCCCGCUCCUACCGAGGGCGACUUGGACAAGCAAUCCUCCGGUCCUGUCAAUACCCUUCCUUCACGCGAUGCCACCCCCGCUACCUCCGCAGCGCAGCAGGGCGACAAUAUCGCUCAUGCCUUGGCUGGCGCAGGCGGUGGUUUGCUCGCGAUGACGCUCACCUAUCCUCUCAUCACCCUUUCCACACGCGCUCAAGUUGAAUCCAAACGUGCCGACUCCUCCACCCUGGAUGCGGUGAAACACAUCAUCAAUCGGGAGGGCAUCACUGGUCUCUACGCCGGCCUGGACAGCGCGUUGUUCGGAAUCUCUAUCACUAAUUUCGUCUACUACUACUGGUACGAGUGGACCCGGGCCUUCUUCGAGAGAGCGGCCCUGAAAGCCGGCCGGGCUAGCAAGAAACUCACCACAGUCGAGAGCAUCAUUGCUGGCGCGAUUGCAGGAUCUGCCACCGUGCUCCUUACCAAUCCCAUCUGGGUGGUCAAUACAAGAAUGACGGCCCGCAAGGGCGAUGAUGAGGGCGACCAGCUGCCGGGCGGCGAGAAAAAGAAGGUCAAAAAGCCCAGUACCAUUGGCACCUUCCUGAAGCUGCUUAAGGAGGAGGGUCCGGCUUCCCUCUUCGCCGGGGUUCUGCCGGCUUUGAUCCUGGUCAUCAACCCGAUCCUCCAAUAUACCUUCUACGAACAGUUGAAAAACGCCUUGGAGAAAAGGAAGAAAGUAGGCCCCCGUGACGCGUUUUUCCUGGGCGCCAUCGGAAAGUUGCUCGCAACGACCAUCACAUACCCUUAUCUUACCGUCAAGUCGAGGGCCCAUGUUGCCACAAAGGACGCGCCGGUUGAAGGUAUCUGGAAGAGUUUGAACAAAAUUGUUAAAGAGGAAGGCUGGGGCGGUCUUUACAAAGGGAUCGCGCCCAAGGUUAGCCAGAGUGUUUUGACCGCGGCAUUCCUUUUCGCCUUCAAGGAUGUCUUGUAUGACCUGACCGUUGCAGCGCGCAGGAGGCAAAGAGCCAUCAAGGCUUAG